ACUGGUUCGAUUGAAGAAAGUUCCAACCUGGCAUUCGACUGUUUUUCAAGUGGACGUUUCUUGGCGAAAUUCUCGAAAUUAGUAAUUAUUGGUUAGUGUAAUGUAAAUGUUUCAAUUCUAUUCGUUACAAGAAAAAGUUUGACGAUAUUUUCUUGCUAUUUUUUCGUGUGCGUGGAUGUGAAUAUUAAGGAAAUUCGCAGUUCAUUUGGAUCAGAGCAAUUGCCUGCAACACACAUCAAACCAAGUCUGUCAAACUUGUCAAAGCAGCUACUUCAUCGAUUCGGCACCUGAUAGUUCCAGCUAUAACAGAAAAACUUAUUAAACAGAAGCAACGAACCGCAAUGGAAGAAAUCUAGUUACUGCAUUACAUGCCCAGUCCAUUAGUACUAAUAACAAUACACUGAUAAGCAACAAAGCAUUAGCUAAACAAGAAUUAUACGAAAUGGCUGCGCCUUUUUCAAGUAAUACGUCAUUUCCAAAUAACAACAAUAAUAAUAACAAUAAUAAUGACGGUUGGGGAGAUAACUGGGGUGAUUGGGGGGAAGCGCCGAUUGCGCAACCAAAGCAGACUCAACCCCCACAAUCACCAGCUAGCAACAACCAGAGAUACUUCCAACCGCAACAACCGUAUCCUCAGCAUAUGGACCAGAGCAACAGAAAUUUCAUGCUUGGUUCUACGCAAGGAAACCAGCAGCCUAUGAGCCAUCAGAACUACUCAGGGCCAUCAUCAUCGAUGCAGCAGCACUUUCAACCCCCUUUUCAACACCAACCGUAUAAUGCACCGCAUCAGCAGCAACAACACCCGUACGUACCGCCUACAGCCCCAGCAGCUUAUUUCAACCAAGCACCUCCGAGGAUUCCGUCUUAUCCUUCUGCUUCAACCCCUCAACCUUUGCAAAACCAAGCAACCAAUCAAUCGUUCAACCAAACCAUUUCCGAUAGCUUCAAUACCAGCAAUAGCGACAGCUGGAACUGGAGUGUACCGGAAAAUCAACCAGCACCAAGUCCCGUAACACAGCCGACUGUCGAGUCGCAUGCCCAACAAAACGCACUUCAGGACAGCUAUAAUCAGAGCUACUCGCAAAACAUCUCUCCCAACAUCUUCAGUUUACCUGGUGGCGCAAAUAAUACUCAGCAGCAACCUCUACAGCAGCAGCAAGCGCAACCUCCUAAGGUCCAGGCUGCCCAAAUAACUCGUCUUAAAAAUGAAACGCUUUCCCCGCAGUGGUCCAUUGAAAGUCAAGUGUCUCAAACUUCCAGCGAUCGGUCGAUUGAAAGUGGUGAAAUUGCCGAAAGCAGAAGCUCCAAUACCUUGCCGUCCGACGACGGAUCAUCUGGUAGACAGCCUACUCUGCCACAGCAGCUGGAAAAUUAUGAAAAUAUUGGUUCCUACGGUGGACAAUAUGCCGCCCAAGGGGUUCAAGACGUUCCGGAUAAGCUAGACGAAACAUUAAAUUCACUUAGUGUCAAACAAGAACCAGCAAACGAGGAGAAGCGUGCAGAUACUUACAGAGAAUCUUCUUUUCCACCGCCUCCACCAUCAAUUGCUAGCAAUCAACAAACCGAUGGUGUACCACCUCCUAAAGCAGCGUCAAAAACACCGCCUUUACCGCCACCUCCAACUGAAAGCGGACCACCUCCAGCGGCUCUUAAAGGCUCAGCUGGCAACCCAUUCAAGCGGGUAGGCCAACGAGCGCACAUAUCCACACCCGGUUUAGCCUCUAAACCAUCUGUUCCGGUAAACCCAAAUUAUUUCUAUCCAAAUCCUUCACAAGAGUUAGCCAACGUGGAAAACCCCACUCCAGAGAAUCUAGAAAUCCCCGAUUCUCGGGUGGAAAACGUCGAAAAUUUAGAACUUGCUCCAAGCAACGAUCGGAAUCAGUAUUUGCAAACAGGCCAUCUUUCGGAGGAAGGCUACAUUGGGCCUCAACCGGCGUCGAGUCGACAAAUUGAGCAACAAAACGGCGAGGACAGCCUUCCACCGCCUGGUCUCUCGCGCUAUGUUCCCGGGCAACAACAAUCCGAAAUCAACGCCUCGCUAACAAAUCAAAACUUUCCAGAGCCGCCUCCUGGACUUGAUCGUAUGAUCCCUGGAACUGAUCUCGAAAAUGCAACCGAUAUGAACAUGGACCGUCAAAUUGACGGCGAAGUAUCCGAUUCGGCAUCGAACAGUAUCGUUCGCUCUAGUAACUUUCAAACUGUUUCUUCAUCCCAGCACCAUGAGCAUCAUCAUCAUAUUCACCAUCAUCAAGAAGAAAUUAGUGAUCGAAAUUUAUAUUUAGUGCCCGGGGAGAGUGAUACCCAUCAUAACCAACAACGCUUCAUUCCCGGCGUGGAAGAUGAUCGAUCCACACAAAUGAGCAUAGGUAGUAGCAGUUACGCUGCGCCACUCCCACCCAUAGGGGAUAGUACAAUAAACGAGGAGCAACGUGAGCUAGUGAUGGAUGGUGAAAAUCCUCACGACCCCCCGCAACAGCAGCCAACUCACGUUGACAUCGGUCGUAACGAGCCAAUCGAAGGGGAAAAUACCACAGAUGAACCCAUUAAUGCUACAAUUGUUCCAACAGGUGGUGGUGCUGCUAAUGUAGGAAUCGUUGAAACGGACUCGAACCUUACGCUAGAGACAGCUCGCCGAAAUCCGUCCAAUACAUCGACCGCAGAUGAAAGCGAGAAGGAUCGUUCAGCGUUCUACGGAAAGGGUAAGAUGUCGCGCCGCGAUGAGGAUCCUUUGCGGCGAUCGAACAAAAGUAAAAGCUCGAGGGAUCGCUACGAUACGGAGGAUUCCGAUUAUAGUGAUCGCGAGAGAAGGCGACACGAACGGGAAGGAAGCGGUGCAAUGGAUAGGGAACGUCGAAGAGGCGGCGAUCGGGACGGCGGCGAUAAGGAACGAAGGAAAGAUGGCGGACGAGAGCGAGAUAAAGAACGGGACUACGACUACCGGAACAGAGAUAGGAAUAGAUAUGAACGAGAGCACGAUCGGGAACGUGAUCGCUAUCGGCGUGGUGACAAGUAUGAUCGUGACAGUCGCUACGAAACUGAUGGAUCCAAAUACGAAACAGAACGCUCGGUUCGAUAUGAAAAGGAAGGAGAGGGUGGUAAGCGUUACAUGUCUCGAGAAGAGUACUAUAGAAAACGAGAGGAACGCGGUGGAGACGACCGCCGUUAUCGAAAAGAGAAAGACCGCGAUCGAGGAGAUCGCUACAGAGACGACAGAAAAAGAGAUGAUCGCUACCGUGAAGGAGGAGAUAAAAGACGCGAUCGCCACGAAAGACGAUAUGAUUAUGAGGAUUAUAGAACGGGUAGCCGUAAUGGUACUGACCGAGAUCGCGAGCGUGACCGUCGGGAACGCGAUGAGCGUAAAGAACGUAAAUAUCCUCAGGCAGCGGUAUAUGGUGCCGCCCCGUAUGGUAACACCGGAUAUUAUGAUCCAUACAGCUAUUAUACACAACACCAACAGUACUAUGAACAAUUGCGACGUACCAAUCCGCAAGCGUACGCCGAAUGGUACCGCACGUACUACAGUCAAAUUCAGUCAGCUCAAAUGCAACGAGAUUUGCUCACCAGCGACGGUCGCGAAUCGGUCCAUUCCGGACGCAGUUCGACUAACGAUAAGGAACGGUUGAAUCGCACGACACCGUUUCUUCAUCAGCCCAGUUUAUAUAAUCCGGAAGAUUACCACCGCCAUUUAAAUAAUCAAUCGCAGCCAUCCGGUGGAAUGCUCGAUCAGAGUUUUCUUAGCGAUGUGUCUGGUCUUCCGGCAACGUUGCCACCGUACCACCAUCAACAAGCCAUGGCAUUCCAGCAUCAGCAGCAGCAGCAAAAUCAACGAGCUACACCACUGGCACUGGACAGAUCUUACCAUGUCGAUAGGGGAUUUUACCAGCCAAGGGUGGAUAACACUGAUGGAUCAUUACGGCAAGAUCCUGCAGUGGCUAUGGAGGUAAUGGAACCGGAACGGUUGACACCUAGAAAAUUCCCGGAAAUACACCCUAUUGUCAGCAUUUCUUGUGGAUUGUUGAUCACAGCAAAAAAUCGACUAACCAUCAAUGGGACAACGGAUUUGGUGAAAAUUUUCAGUUUAGGUGCUCACGAACCGACACGAAAGUUGUUUCAAACCUAUCCGGGUCCAUUGAUAAAGGACAAGACCCAUAAAAAGUCUGUGAUUGAGUUCUGCGAAGAACAACUACGUUGUGGGCCGUCUUCCUUUGCAGGUCAAGGGCUUGUGAAAUCUCGAGGCAACUCGAUCAAUAGUCUACACUCGUUAGGAUCCACCGUGAAUCGAGGAUCAUUUGCCCUGCUUUGGAGUUACAUUAUUUUACUGUUAAGACAAAAUGGGACGUUCGUUGGGACAGACAUUUCUGAGCUGCUCAUGAAUAACAAGCGCGAAUUCCCUUUCGAUUCGCAACACAGCAGUGCUAGAUCGACGAACCUCAGUGGCAGGAAUUCUUCUUUAUCAGCUACCGAUCGCAAACCACGUGAAAUCGAUGGUGAAAGACGUUUCGAUGACGACGAAACAGAAAAUAACGCAGAUUACUUAUCGGGAGAAACUGAUCGAGUACCGUUGCUGGAGAAAAAAGAACAGUUCAGCGAAUCGGAGAUAACAGACAAAUUCCGUAACUAUCUGAUUUAUGGUAAUAUAACUGACGCCCUGGAAUGGGCUACCGAAAACAACCUGUGGGGACACGCUCUGUUCCUUGCAUCUAAAGUUGACUCUCGACAACAUGCUAAUGUUAUGAUGAAAUUCGCCAACAAGCUAACACUAAACGAUCCACUUCAGACGCUGUACCAAUUACUCAGUGGGCGAACCCCGUCUGCAGUAACCUGUGUACAGGAUGAAAAAUGGGGUGAUUGGCGACCGCAUCUAGCCAUGCUGGUGUCUAAUAGUUCCGCCAAGCCGGAGCUUAUUAAGAAAUCUAUUACAACGCUAGGAGACUCCCUGUACAAUCGAGGCGAUCUGUACGCCGCUCAUUUCUGCUAUCUACUAUCAGAUGUGGCUUUCGGAAGGUUUUCUGAUGUAAAACCAGAUGCUGGCGCCACAAUAACUGCCACUACCUCCGUGCGUCUGAUUUUGCUAGGAUCCGCUCAUCUGCAGCGUAACUUCAAAGAAUUCUCUACCAACGAAUCGAUCAUGAUGACGGAAAUUUACGAGUAUGCACGAUCACUAAACGAGGAACGCUACACGAUUGUUGAGCUGCAGUACUACAAAUACUUGCUGGCCUGUCGCAUGUUGGAUUAUGGAAUGCAACUAAAAUGUUUGCUCUAUAUGGAACAAAUCGCCGAACAAAUCCGGCUCGAUCCUUACCGAUUCGAUGUGGAGUUUAUCAAAAAGGUUUAUACGCUGGGCGAUAGACUCAAGUAUUACGAUCCCGUACUCGAGAAAGCAUUGGAUGAAUCAGUUGAUAACACAGGCCGUGGAAAUGUGUACUCCAACGUAGAAGAUCCUGUCUGGCUGCAGCAAUUAAGCGCAAUAUUGAAUAAUUAUAAUACAACAGAUGCAAGUAACUACAGAAACAUGCCCGUGAAACAACAGUUACAGGAAUAUAGCACUGAACAGUACGGUGAAUAUCCGGGUUACAAUACAGAAACUCAACAGCAAGCACAACCAAUCGGACAGGAACAACCGUACGGUUUGGAUCAAUCGGACAUAAAUAAACAAUUUACAGAGAUAAAUCAGCAACUUGGACAGCUGAACCUACAGUACACUGAAGGUUACGAUCAAAGACAACCACAUACUCCUACCCAUCACCAGUACGAUCAUCAAACCGCUGCACCCAGCUAUGAUCAAGGAUAUGACUCGAUCAAUCAAUCGUCAUUAUUAGACGAUAAUCAGUAUAAACAGCAGCAAAUGGAACAACAGCAUCAAACACAUGCUUACGGAUAUGAUGGAUCAUCGGGACAACCGGGCAUUUUCGUCCCGGCCCCUGUAGCUAACUCGGAAACUCAACAGCAUGCCAAUCCGUACGACUACUGGGGAUCGAAUCCCGAGAUGCCAAAACCCUCCAUCACAAUGCCCAAUGCAGUUUCUAACCGCCCGGGUUACGACAGUGAGGAAAGCAAGUCAUCACCCAAACGCGGAUCCUCCGAUCAAGUGCAGAAUCAAUCUGUCACUGCUGAACAGACGAAAAUAAGUAGCGAACAAUCCAAAAAGGGUCCACCUAGUAAGGAUAACAAACCCGUAGGCAACACUCAAAGCAACAAUUCCGGCUGGUUCGGUGGAAUUUGGAAUAAAUUAUCUUUGAAGCCCAAAAACCAGAUGAUUCUUCCAGAUGAUAAAAACCCUACGAUUGUAUGGGAUCCGGAAACAAAACGAUGGGUGAACACAGAAACAGAUGCUACUGAGGAAGAAGCCUUCAAACCACCACCGAAAAUGUCCGACAUAAUGCCAGGUGCUGCAGUGCCACCAUCAGCAGGUCAAAUUCCAAUGCCGAUUGAAUCUACACCAGCACCAGUACCAGCACCAUCGAACGUAGCCUAUGGAACAGUGCCACAGGGGAGCAACAACGAAUCGAUCAAUCAACUGUCGUCAACCGUUCCGAGUGGAACUCAUCAACCGGCUCCCAAACUGGGUGAACCAACAAAGGUCCCAAACUUACAGUCAAAUAUGUUUAAAAUGCAAAGAAACCGAACUCUUAAGAAAUCCUACGUCGAUGUGUUCAACCCAUCAGGCGCGGCACCAAGUCGACCGGUGGAACCGAUCUUGGCUCCAACAGUUCCGACAAUUAGUACACCCCAAGGUGGCUUUUUUGUUCCUGGGCCUGCUCCCAUGGGCGGACAACAGACUGAAAACCCGGCGGAGGGAGUGCCUCAGUUCUAUAAUCCAAAUCAAUAUGCUGGUGCGUACCAACAGUAACCACCACAUGGUGAGUAGGGAAAAUCGUAGCGUGCUGGAACUUCGCUGUUAAAAUUUCAACCAGCUGAGAAGGCAAUUAAUAACGAUAAAGGUCCUGUAGAAGAACAAAGUGUAUUUGUGCGUCUGUAAUAUAAUCGUGUGCUGACCAAGGAAUGCCGAUAGAAUGUUUAGAGUGGAUGCAGUCUUUGUUUUGUACAUGUUCAUUUUGUUUAUGUAUAGCAAUAAAACGUAAAAAAUUAAUGUUUACCUACAUCGUUACAGCAGCCAGAUUAUUUUUUAUGCUAGAAAAUACAUUCUUGUCAGGAUUAGUUAAUUGGUUGCUUUUUACGCUAUUGUUAGAAAUCAGCUGAGAUCGAUAUAUUUCUUCUACUUGUUUAUCGGAGUUGCCUUUCAGUAAUGUGCUCCGUCUUGUUAGGUAUUUUGUGAAAAGCUGUAUGUAUUAUUUUUUCAUUUCCUUUUUUGUUUCUAUUUAGUUGGUACUUGUAAACUAGAAGAUUAGGUGCAGUAUGAUAUAAGCAGAAUAACAGGUCUUGCAAAGCACUUUAAAAAAGUUUGCUCGGUUUGAUAAUGAGUUUUGUGAUACGUAUUAUCAUUUUCCUUUGAUCAGAAUUUUAUUUUGGAUUCAUUUUUAUAUGUACGGUGCAACGAAUAAAUUUAUUUUAAUAUGGGCACUUAUUACAGAUAAAAGACAGUGAAACGCAGAGGGAUGACAACCCCAAAAUCAAAAUAAAUUAUUGAAAACUAUGACCGUACUUGAUCAGCGAACGUUAUAAAUUCAUACUAAAUGCAUCAAAUUCCGAAACUGGAUUCUGUUGUAAAACUGCGUUCCUUCAUCGUAUGCAUUUAUGACGUUUUCUGAUUGCAAAUAUGAUCAAUCAAUAUAUUAGAUAAUUAUAAAUAUGUUUCAGUUAGGGUUUCGAGUGUUUUAAAACUAGUAAAUUAUUCCACAGAAGGAAUAGUGAAGGAAACCACGCGCAUUGUAAAUUUAUUCAUUGAAACAAAAAACUAUUCAAGUUGAAAAUACACAUAUUAACCAAAUACACUUCAGGUCACUUUAAAAA